AUGAAAGUGAUUAUCCAAAGAGUCAAGUCGGCCUCGGUCACAGUGGACGAAGAGUUGAUCUCCUCCAUUGGCAAGGGACUGUUGGUAUUGACUGGGGUGGGGAAGGAGGAUACUGAGAAGGAAGCCGAGAAUAUCGUCAACAAAGUCCUCAAGGCCAAGUUCUGGCCGGACGAGAACGGCAGUCAAUGGAAAAAGAACGUGCAGGAAAUUGAGGGUGAGGUACUCUGUGUCUCCCAGUUCACUCUCUAUGGCAAGAUGAAGAAGGGCAACAAGCCUGACUUCCACGAUGCGGCCGAUGCCGUCACCGCGCGCCGAGUCUACGACCACUUCUACAACAAAAUGCGAGAAUCAUACAAGGAAGAUCGGGUAAAGAACGGAGUCUUCCAGGCCAUGAUGGAAGUCGAGCUGAAGAAUGAUGGGCCGGUGGGUGUUGACUACACCAGUGAAGACGCAGUGGUUACGAUCGAAAUAAAUACGAAUCUCCCUAAGAAGGAGCCGAAGGAGCCCAAACCGCCCAAAGAUGAGGAUAAAGACAAGGAUAGUAGCAGUUCAGGCACGACGCUUGAGUUCACGAUUCCGCCGGAACUGCUGGCAUAA